AAAAGGCUGUGUUUUGGGUUAUUUCGCUUUAAAUAACAGCUAAAGGGGCGCUGUGCAGCCGCGCUAGGCCCGCCCUGAGGCGGCGGGGCCGGUGCCAUCAGCCCGCCCUGAGGCGGCGGGGCCGCGCUAUGGGGGACGAGCUGGCGGCGGGGGACGACACCCUGCUUCAUUCAGAGAAGGAGUUCCACGAUGCAGCGAAGCGUAAUGACACGGCCAGGAUGGAGCAGCUCAUCAGGAGAGGGGUUGACAUCAAAGCCAAAAACAAUGCAGACCGGGCUGCCCUGCACUGGGCUGCAGGAGCAGGGAACGUGGAUGCUGUGCGACUGCUCCUGGACCACAAUGUCCCGGUGGAUGACGAAGACAAUUUUGGAAUGAAUGCACUUCUGCUGUCUGCCUGGUUUGGCCACCUCCGUGUCCUGCAGAUCCUCGUCAAUGCUGGGGCCAAGAUUAACUGUGUCAAUAGGAAUGGCAGAAACCUGCUCCACUGUGCUGCUCAGAAGGGACACAUCCAGGUAAUGGAGUUCAUCAUGGAGGACCUGGAGGAUGUGUGUGUGGAUAAGACAGACAAGUUGGACAGGACAGCGUUCCACCUGGCUGCAGAGAAUGGGCACCUGGAGGUGGUGGAGUUCCUAAUUCGACUGGGUUGUUGUCGCGGUGCCAAAGACAAGGAAGAAAAUACAGCAUUGCAUUUAGCUGCUAAAAAUGGACACCUCUCUGUGCUUCAGAAGAUUAUAGAUGCCGGAGUCGACCUUGAUGAAAAGAACAUGGAAGGACUUACAGCUCUGCACAUGGCUGCUGAGGGGGGUCACAGUGACUGUGUGAAGCUGCUCUUGGAAGCUGGUGCUGAUGUCAAUGCUCAAACACAGAAGAAGAUGAACUGCCUUCAUUAUGCUGCACUGCAUGGCUACGAGGAGACAGGCAGGAUCCUUCUGGAUGCAGGAAUCCACAUGGAUGCUGUUAAUCACCAAAACACAUCAGCGACACACAUUGCGGUGCUGCAGAACUUCCCAGCCAUGGUGAAGCUCUUCAUCGAUGCAGAGUGUGACCUUGACAUUGCAGAUAAUAGGCAGCAGACCCCUCUGCACAUCGCUGCAGAGCACGGCAGGCAGGACAUGGCAGAGAUGAUUCUCAUUGCAGGAGUUAAUCUGAAGCUAACAGACAAGCAAGGGAAGACAUCUCUGGACGUUGCUGCUCGGGGCAAUCACAUCAACCUGGCAGACAUGAUUAUCAAAGCCGAUCGGUUUUACAAAUGGGAAAAGGACAAUCUGAACAGUGACUCUGACUCCUGGGUAGCAAAGAACUUGACCUUUAAGCAAGAUCACAGGCUGGAAACACAGCACAUCCGCUCAGUAAUGUGGAGAUUGGCUACCAAGUACCUCAGACCUGGUGAAUGGAAGAAGCUGGCACAUUACUGGAAAUUCACUGAUGCCCACAUUAGGGCCAUCGAGCACCAAUGGACAGGCACUAAAAGCUACAGGGAGCACGGCCACAGAAUGUUGCUCAUCUGGCUCCAUGGUGUGAUCACAGCAGGAGAAAAUCCAGUGAAGGGAUUAUACGAAGGCCUUGCAGGGAUUGGAAGAAGAGAUUUAGCAGAAAGCAUUCGGAAAAAAGCAAACGCCGACUCUGCCUCUCCACGGAAGUGUGUAGCAAUGUAGCACCAGGAGAGCACCAGAGACUCCUUCCACUUGUCCUCAAGUUAGAGGAGAAACACUUGCUGUGCUGCUGAUCAGGAGGCAGCUGCAACUUAAGGGCUUCUUGUCAUCAACAGCUGGCACCACUGUUGCUUCCCUCUCUGGAAUAGGGAAGGCAUCAGCAAAGCCAAUGGCUUGAAAUGCCUCUUUACAGAGGAAGGAGAGUUUUGUCAGCUGCUGCAUAUGGUCUGGGUGCU